UAUACACAGAUUCGAUUUAGGUUGUUGUUGUUGUUGUUUAUUGCAAAUAAAAAAAUUGGAUUUUAAAAUGAUUGAAUCCGAUGAAAUCCUUGAAAAACUUAUUGAAUUAUUUCAAAAAUUCAAUACAACCAAUGUUUGGUCAAAAAUAAAAGAUAAAACAGAUUUUCAAGCUGAAUAUCUUGGAGGAGGUAAUAUUUGUGAAGUUAUAUGUUGUCGAUUGAAUCCAUCGAACAAAUCAUUAGAAAAUGGUUCCCCAAUUGUUCAGUAUGAUGAACUUGUAGUAAAAAUUUUACCAGAAAAUAUUUUCAUUAAAUAUGAUCCAUUAGAAACAUCAGUAAUCAAUACCAUUAUCUAUUCCAGUGGUAUUGCACCACGAUUAUUCUAUACUGAUCAUCAACAUAAAGUAUAUGAACUAAUUAAUGGUCGUGCAUAUAAUUAUAAUGAUGAUUGUGAUGAAAAACAAGUAAAAAAAUUGGCAAAAACAUUGGCCAAAUUUCAUUCGCUUAAUGUACCAAUUUCUAAUGAUUCACAACAACGUUGGUCAAUGACUAUGGAAAAUAUUGAAUUAAUGCCAUUCUAUGAUGUAUUCCGUGAUAAAUCCUAUUUACCUUUGAUCGAAAAAGAUGAACAAUUACGGCAAGAAUAUUAUGAAUUUGCCAAAAAUAUCGAUAUUAUCAAAUUGAAUAAAGAUAUUUUUCGAUUAUGUUAUCGUAUUUGUGAUCAAACAAAAACAAUUGUAUUUUCACAUAAUGAUUUUAAUCGUAAUAAUCGUAUCAUCAAUAAUGAUCAAAUUGUUCUAAUUGAUUUUGAUUAUUCUACAUAUUAUCAUCGUGGUAAUGAUAUUGGUAGAUAUUUUUCCAAUUAUAAACAUCAUGAUAAUAUGUUUGGUGAUGAAGGUUUUCCCAACGAUGAAGAAAUGAAUAUUUUUCUUGAUGAAUAUCGUCAUGAAUUUGUAAGAAAUUUUUUCAAAUUUAAUAAUUCUAAUAAUGAUGAUUAUAUUGAUGAAAUACUUAAUAAUCAUCAUUAUUCAUUACAACAAUUACGAGCCGAAUCUAAAGCAUUUACAUUGCUUGCAUAUAUUAUUGAUACUUAUUUUGGAUUAUGGCAAUUUACACUUGAUCCUAAUGGUUCACGUGGUAAAUAUUUUCUGAAUGUAGCUAAAACACGAGGUAUGGAAUUAAAAUGUUUGAUUCAACGGUUCAUCAACGAUAAUGAUCAUAUGCAAUUCGCUCAUCUAACAUGCGACUAAUAAUUUAAGCGUGAAAAGAAAGAAAAACAAACGAAAAAAAACCAAUAUUGCAAUCGAAUUUUAUCUGUAUUUUCGAAAUGAAUUCAAUUCAUUUUUUUUGUUGUUGUCACCUUGAUCAUGAAUUUUUGUUUUAGCUUGAA